GGAAGAAAACUAAAGAGUUGGGGAAGAGAAAAAUUAACACGCUAUUCUUGUGACUACACCCACCAGAAGAACAUUGGGAAACAAAAGGUCUCUGCUUUUUAUUGACUCUAAGAUGGAGACGGAACAGAAUCAGAAAUUUCCAGUCAAAGAUUCGCCUGCGGGGACUUCAGAGAUGAAGAGAAACGCCUCUUCUGAAGAAAAGUUUGUGUGGCCAUGGGUUGGUCUUGUAGCUAACGUACCAACGGAGGUUGAGAAAUCUGGUCGGAGAGUUGGCAAAAGCGGUGCAGCUUUACGUGAUGAGCUAAUCCAGAAAGGGUUUAAUCCAACAAGAGUCCAACCCAUUUGGAAUUUCAAGGGACAUUCUGGCUUUGCUUUGGUGGAAUUCACCAAAGAUUUCAAAGGAUUCGAAAACGCCAUGAAAUUCGAAAGGAGUUACAAAUCAGACCGUCAUGGGAAGAGAGAUUGGGAGAAUGGUGUUCACUUGAGGGAUGAUAAGCUUUACGGAUGGGUUGCAAGAGAAGAGGAUUACAAUCGAAGUGGAAUCGUUGGCAAGGAGGUUAAGAAGAAGAGAGAUUUGAAAAGUGUUGCACAGAUCCAAGAAGAAGAGGAGAGGAAAAUGAGUCAGCUUGUUGAAAACAUGUCUCAAACGAUUGAGAUGAAGAAGAUAAGCAAACAACAACUCGAACACAAAGUCGAUGAGAAUUCUCGUGUUUUAGAGAGUUUGGAAUUGCAUAACUUUCAGUUAAACAAAACUUACAAAGAAGAGGUUGAGAAGAUGCAGAUGAACGUGCAAGAGCUGUAUCAGCAGAUUCUGCGAGGACAUGAAAAAUCUAUGUCUGACCUGGAAAAAAAGAAGGAGAAGCUGGAGGAGCGUGCAAGACAGAUAGACAGAAAUGAAGCUGAGAUAGAAAAAUCCAGACGUGAAAGAGAAAUGAAUCAAAAGGCUAUGUGGGAGCAGAAUGAAGCGAAUAAGGAAGCUAUGAAGCUUGCAGAAAAGCACCAGAAAGAGAAGGAGAAGCUUCAUGAAAAGAUAAUGGAAAUGGAAGCGAAACUAAAUGAAACGCAAGAGAAGGAGUUGGAAGAGCUGGAGUUAGAGAUAGAGAAGCUGAAAGGUAACACCAAUGUUAUGAAGCAUAUGGUGGGUAGUGAUGGAGAUGCAGAGUUUAUAGAGAAGAUGGCCAAGACUCAGAUGGAGCUCGAGGCUAGAGAAAUGGAUCUACAAGAUAAAAUGAUGGCUCUGACACAAAAAGAACGUGUGACCAACGACGAGUAUCAAGACUCUCGUAAAGAGAUGAUUCAGUUCUGGAAUGGGAACGAAGAAUUGGUGAGAGGAGAGAAGAUAAGAGUGAAGAGAAUGGGGCAACUAAACCCCGAGCCAUUUUUGCCAGCAGUGAAGAGGAAACAUAAAGGCUCACAAGCAAAAGCAGAGAUGAAAGCUAUGGAGUUGUGUUCAUUGUGGGAAAGAGAAAUUGGAGAUGUGAAUUGGUAUCCAUUUAAAGUCGAUGAAUCUGAUGGAACCCCAAAGAGAGUGGUGGAUAAAAAGGACGAGAAGCUGCUAAAGCUGAAGAAUGAAUAUGGUGAGGAAGUUUACAAUGAAGUGGUGAGAGCAAAGCUAGAGAUAGAGAAUCACAAUGCAAGUGGUAGCUAUGUGAUUUUAGAGCUUUGGAACUAUGAGCAAAACCGAAAGGCAACAAUGGAGGAAGUGACGGAUGUGAUGUUGAAGAUAAGGAAUGAGCUUGUGCCUAAGAAGAACAAACGAAAGAGGCGUUGAUGUCUCUACUUCGAAAGGAACAAAAGAAGAUACAAUGGCGAGAGAACUAUUAAGAGUUUUUACCUUUUAGAAAUUGGUUUAAUUUAAUUUGCAAUAACUGUGAAUGUUU